ACUACUCACGGACCACACAGAUUAAUUAACCACUUUGUCAAAGAAAACGACGUCGUUCUAAUGGCGUUUCCCCUACUCUCCACCCUGCAUUUCCUCGAAUCGCCGCCUUCACCACCGAGCCUCCACCUCCCUGCCGCUCGCCGUCGUCGCCAACCCCUACUAUCCAAACGCUUCAUAAUUCAAAGCUCGGGUAGUACAUACGGAACUCACUUCCGCGUUACGACGUUCGGAGAAUCUCACGGUGGCGGUGUAGGGUGUGUUAUUGAUGGAUGCCCUCCUAGACUUUCCCUCUCCGAACAAGACAUUCAACGAGAUCUCGACCGAAGGAGGCCAGGUCAGAACAGAAUAACCUCUCCUAGAAAAGAAACUGAUACAUGCAAGAUUGCUUCAGGGAUUGCUGAUGGGUUUACCACUGGAUCUCCAAUCAAAGUAGAAGUGCCCAAUACGGAUCAAAGAGGAGAAGAUUACUACAGUGAAAUGGCACUAGCAUAUAGGCCAUCCCAUGCUGAUGCAACUUAUGAUUUCAAGUAUGGCGUUGCAUCUGUACAGGGUGGUGGUAGAUCUUCGGCAAGAGAAACCAUAGGGAGAGUAGCUGCUGGAGCUGUUGCCAAGAAGAUUCUACUGCAAUAUGCUGGGACUCAAAUUCUUGCUUAUGUUUCACAAGUCCACAACGUUGUCCUCCCCGAAGAUCUCGUUAACAGUGAAACCGUGACGCACGAUCAAAUAGAGAACAAUAUCGUAAGGUGCCCGAAUCCAGAGUACGCAGAAAAAAUGAUAGCUGCUAUUGAUGAUGUUCGAGUGAAAGGCGACUCGGUUGGAGGUAUCGUCACAUGCAUUGUUCGGAACGUCCCACGGGGACUCGGUUCUCCGGUUUUCGAUAAACUCGAAGCAGAGUUGGCAAAAGCUGCUAUGUCCCUACCUGCAUCAAAGGGAAUCGACUUCGGCAGUGGCUUUGCAGGUACAUUUAUGACCGGUAGCGAACAUAACGAUGAAUUCUACAUGGACGAACAUGGUCGAAUUAGGACAAAGACCAAUCGUUCUGGUGGAAUACAGGGUGGAAUAUCAAAUGGAGAAACCAUCACCAUGAGAAUAGCUUUCAAGCCAACACCAACAAUCUUCAAGAAGCAGAAUACCGUGACUCGAGACAAACACGAUACGGAGCUCACAACUCGAGGGCGCCACGACCCUUGUGUAGCUCCGAGAGCGAUUCCGGUGGUGGAAGCGAUGGUGGCUAUGGUGCUUGUCGAUCAAUUAAUGGCACAAUAUGCGCAAUGUAUGCUUUUCCCUAUUAAUCCAGCUCUACAAGAACCCUUGCAAAAGGCAAAGGUUCCCUUUUAAUGGUGAUUAGUAGGGGGUG